CACAGAUGGUGAAGCGAAACUCGAUGUCUAUUCUGAAGAUUCUGAAGCAAUCAAAUUCACUUCUGCCUUAUGUAGUCCUUGCUAGUAUACUUCUAGCUCUAAUCUACCCAAAUUCUUUCACGUGGUUUACCAGCAGAUACUAUGCACCGGCACUAGGUUUUUUGAUGUUUGCAGUUGGUGUUAAUUCAAGUGAAAAGGACUUCAUUGAGGCAUUUAACAGGCCGGCAGAAAUUGUCACUGCUUAUGUUGGCCAGUUUGUUGUGAAGCCUCUUCUUGGAUAUCUGCUUUGCAUAAUUUCAAUAACUGUAUUUGGUCUUCCAACAGCGAUAGGCGCAGGAAUGCUAUUGCUGGCCUGUGUUAGUGGAGCCCAGCUCUCCAGUUAUGCUACUUUUCUAUCAGACCCACAAAUGGCACCUUUAAGCGUAGUUAUGACAUCACUGUCCACUGCUUCUGCGGUUUUUGUCACGCCACUCUUGUUACUGUUUCUCAUUGGGAAAAGACUGCCAGUAGAUGCUAAAGGAAUGGUGUUUAGCAUUACUCAGAUUGUGGUGGCACCUAUUACAGUUGGCUUGCUUCUUAAUCGCUUCUUUCCUCAUAUUUGUGAUGCUAUUCGACCAUUUUUGCCUCCACUAUCAGUAAUGGUGGCAGCUCUCUCUGCUGGAGCACCACUUGCUCUUAACAUUGAGUCUGUUAAAUCCCCCUUUGGAGUUGCAAUCUUGUUGCUCGUUGUUGCUUUUCAUUUGUCAUCUUUCAUAGCUGGUUAUAUCCUUAGUGGAUUUGUCUUGCGUGAUUCUCCUGAUGUGAAGGCACUGCAAAGAACAAUUUCCUUUGAGACAGGAAUGCAAAGUAGCCUCCUUGCCCUGGCUCUUGCUAAUAAGUUCUUCGAAGAUCCAGUAGUGGGUAUGCCUUCUGCAAUUUCUUCUCCCCUUAUGUCUUUGAUGGGAUUUUCUCUUGUCCUGAUUUGGGCCAAAAGUAGAGGAAAAAGUAAGACAAAACAAAGCACCUGA